GCGCUAGCACUGGACGCGGUAGCCUUAUACCGCUUCUCUCAUGUGGUGAACGCCAGCACAGCGCCAACGACAAGAUGCCGAAACCACCGAAGACGCUCGCGAAAUUCGCGAGGUAUCUCAAAAUGCGCACCAAGGUGCUUUCUAUGAGCGAGGAGUUACGCCGUGCACUGUAUGCCAAUAAUUCCACCAGUAUUGACUUGGAAUUUACAUUGCCAGAACUUUCGGGUACAACCGAGAUUUUGUCAGAAGAGCACAGACGCAAACUUUGCAGGCACUCGCCUGCCCGAGCUGAAGGGUAUGUGUGGACACUUGUGUUCAGUACCUCACAAUAUGGUUUCAGUUUGAACUCAAUGUGUCGGAAGAUGAACAGGUUGGAGAGCCCAAUCCUCUUAUUUAUAGAAGACACAGAGAAUAAUGUAUUUGUUGCCUUGACAUCAUGUGCCCUGAAAGUGAGUGACCACUUCUAUGGAACAGGAGAAUCACUUCUCUUCAGAUUUACAGCAGAGUUCCAAGUGUUCAAUUGGACGGGAGACAAUCUGUAUUUCAUAAAAGGCAACAAUGAAAGCCUUUCGAUUGGAGCUGGCGAUGGAAAAUUUGGUUUAUGGUUAGAUGGUGAUCUCUAUCAGGGGCGGACAGAGCCUUGCAGUACUUACGGAAAUGAGCCUUUGACGCCACAGAAAGACUUCGUUGUGAAGACCUUGGAAUGCUGGGCUUUCAUCUGAACAGUGCUGCUGAAAGUGCUCAGAUUCUAGGAAUGCAAACAGAAUGACAUUUGAAAAUACUGAAUGCAUGAAUGCCAGCUUUAUUUUGUAAGAAGUGUAAUUGAAAACAACUGCUAAUGUGCAGUUUUAUUAAAACUUUAUCCUUGAUAAUGGACUGCAUGAUCUGGAAAAAUGUGUGGAGUCACCAGGCUCCGAUAACAGCUUUGUUUGAUAGACAAUAUGUUGUUUUGUAUUUUUGUGUGGAAUAUUUAAAUAAUAGGAUGCUUUUAUGUAUCAUGUAGAAGGGUGAUAUUUCUUCCAAGAAGAAUAAUGGAAAUUAGUACAAGGAUAAUGCAUAGAAUUUGUACAGUGUACAUAAAUUGUAACUCUGUAGUCUGGUAAGUGUACAGUUGCUGUAUAAGAGAUUAGUCAGGUAAUUUCUGUCCGUGAAAUAGGAAAUGAAUUUGUAACAGAUCUCUCAGAAUUAUUGAAUAACAGCUGGUGAGAUAUGCAGUGCAUGGUUAUACUUAAGAGCAGACUGUUUUGAUCAGUUAGGUUGUUGAACAGUGAGUAAUGAAAGUUGUCAAGCUAAGGUGAAAUGAAAAUGAAUUAACCAUUGUUCUGGAAGAUGAUUUUCUAGACUGCAGAUGAUUACAUGAGUUACUUUUAGAUCAAUCUGUUAAGUGCAAGCAGCAUGUUUCUCAAUUAAUUGGUACUUGCAGAAGUUGAAAAUUCUGUAUUUGAAAGAGGAUAAUCUAUAGAAGAGUGAAUACUAUUUCUUGAUGUCAAUGAGGAGUAACAUUUCAAGCACAUUUCAAAUUGUGUCUCUUGCUAAUUGUACGAAAUCACUAAAAUCAGACAUUAGAAACAACGAAAUUUAGUGUAUCACAUAUCACAGUAAAAGUUCGAAAUAACCAGGUUUGUAUGAACUUAAAUUGUGCUGCUCUGAAUAUUUUAUUUAAUAAAGACUGGUGCGAAGUUACCAUUCAUAUACCAACUGACUGAUAACUUGGAAGCUUUUGAUGAGAUGGACAGUACAGUUACCAGUAAUUUUUUCUGAGAUCUGACACUGUUCUCUCAGUGUUUCGCAUUUGGUAAAACUUUGUGUUAAUGGAAAUAUCUGUACUGAUUUAAAAAAGAAAAAGCCUAUUCAAACAACUUCAUUAAAGCAGUGGGACUGUUAAACCACAAAUUGUCUAAAACAAUUUUAAAUUAUCGACAGAUACAAAAUAGAAGUUUACAAAUGCCAUAUAUACACAAAGAGGCAUUAUAUUCUAUUAGCAAAAUAAAAAUUGUUUCAGUAUGUAGAAAUGGUCACAAAAAUGACAAGUAUAAUUAUGAAAAUGUGAAAUAUCAUAGUUUAGAUCAAUAUAUUUGUAUGACACUAUCCUUCAAUAUUUUUUUUCUGUAUUUUGCUGGAAAAUGUAAUAUUAAAUUGCAGUAAAUAUUAUAAUCUAGAAAUGUUUAGAACUGCUCACCUCAGAAGAAAUGUGGAAAAUACAAAGCAUUCUGCGGGCAGCCUUGAUAUUCGAUUAGUAUUUAAAACGGACUUAAUGCUUUGGGCUUGCCAAACCAUUAGUGCAUACAACGGAUACUGUAUAAAAUUGUUAGUGUUGCCUUAAAUGUGUGCAAAUGCAAAUAUGUUGAGUAUGUGGGAGAUGUGCUGUUUCCUGCUUCAUUGUUGCUGUGUGUGAAUGAAUGUGGUAUUUUAUUUAUUUAAACUGAUGUAGUGCUGUUUUCUGUACUUGUUUUCUGCCAUUAUAUUCAUAAUAAUGUACAGUGAAAAUAAUUAAAUUUAUUCUUGCAGUGGCCAUAA